AUGUCAUACCAAUGGUCCCAUGGAGUGAAGAAUCGAUCAAUAAAUACGUUGUACCCUCUCAAAGUUAAUGAUGAAGAAAAGUCUCUCGACGUCAAUGAUAAAGAAGAUAUUAAAAUUCAGUCAAAUCAUCAGGAAAUUGACAAACCGGGAGAUUCUAUAGCACUACGAACUAGAAGUACCACUAAACGACAAUUCCCAAUUCUCCCUCCGGAAAUACAAUUCCCUUCUAUCGGGAAUGUCGGAAAACCCGAAAAAAUUUAUAAUGCGGUAAAACCAACGUUUGUGCAUCAAAAAUCUGUAUCAUAA